GGUAUAACAUUUUCUAAUGUAAAAUGAUCUCGAUGAAAUCGAACAAGACUUUUAUUUUGGUCUGGUGAUGUGACGUCAUAAGGCUGCGCCGCGCUCCUACAUCUGUGAUUUAACCGAAGAAAUGUGCUGGCUUUUAAUCAUUUUAAGUGUUUAAAACUCGUUAGAGAAUUACACGGAAGAUACAUUGUUAGCCGAUGUAACACUGUGAUGCGUUAUUUAGUGACAUUGCGGUCCCUGUUUAGUAAAUAAUUUAGCUUAAACGAAUUCUUCCACUGGUAAGUGUUGAUAGAAACUGAAUCAAUUGAUUCACGAGACGAUUCACUGAUUUGAAUCGAUCGAAUCGCCGCGCGUCGAUGACUCUUGCUGCUCAAAACAACGAACACGUGAUAAUGAAAACUUUUACACACAAACUGCAGCUGUUUUUAUUAAAGUGUGAUCUGUUAAAUAAUUUACAAGUCAGUAAAUACUAAAUAGAAAUACAAAUGUGAAAGUUGUGAAUGAUAUGUGUCUUAUGUGCUAGUUUUGGUUGUUUGUUUUCAUCAGGUAAUUCUUGAGGUAAAUCUGAACUACAGAUUUGGUUUGGAUUCAUAAUUUCUUUCUUCUGUUAUUUAUUCUUUUCUUAAACAGUCCAAAAUCACAGAAAAACACCCGGAGAAACAGCCGAGAUCCACGUGGCACUAAUAUAAAGAUGGCAUUUGUUAAAGAGGAGAGUGAAGACGUGAAGAUUGAAGAAACAUUCAGAGUCAAACAUGAAGAUACUGAGGAACAAACAGACCUGACAACACUGAAAGAAGAAAGCCAUCUUCUCAAUGAAGAAAACGACGACUCUCAUUCUGAAAAGAUUAAAAAAAGAGAUCAAAAGACAGCAAAUAGAAUAUAUUUGACCUGCCAACAGUGUGGAAAGAUCUUCAAAAAAAAAUCUGACCUCAAGGUCCACUUGAGAGUUCACACUGGAGAGAAGCCUUUCACCUGCCAACAUUGUGGUAAGAGUUUCAACAGAAAAGGAAACAUUGAAGUUCACCUAAGAGGUCACACUGGAGAAAAACCUUUUACCUGCCAACAGUGUGGAAAGGGUUUUAUUCGAAAAGCAGACCUUACAUAUCACACGAGAGUUCACACUGGAGAGAAACCCUUCACCUGCCAACAGUGUGGAAAGAGUUUUACUAAACAAGGAAACCUUAAAGAGCACAUAAGAAUUCAUUCUGGAGAGAAGCCUUACACCUGUAAGCUGUGUGGAAAGAACUUCAUUCGAAAACCACACCUUACAAACCACAUGAGAAUUCACAGUGAAGAGAAGCCUUACAUGUGCCCUCAAUGUGGAAAAAGUUUUACACAAAAACAACACCUCAUUGUCCACAUAAGGAUUCACACCGGAGAGAAACCUUUCAGCUGCCAACAGUGUGGAAAGAGUUUCACUGAAAAAGGAACCCUUAGAAAACAUAUAAAGAUUCACACGCGAGAGAAGGCGUUUACAGGUGAUCAGAGUUUCAGACGUGAAGUAGGUCUUUAACAUGUUGUGAUUUACUGUUCAGUGUGCUACUUGAUCAACUGCCAAGUUAAAAUAACCCUAACCCCUAACCCGGAUAUGCUCAUAUGUAUUUGUCAUUUGUGUGCUUUAAUAAAAUCAAAGGUCUAAAAAUCCUUAAAGUGUUUAG